UUCCCAGAAUCCACGGAAAAACGGUGCAGGCGCGGCGCAGAGGUUAGCAGGGAAGUAAUGGCGAAUUUCGAUCAGGUUGGCACCGAGGAAGUCGGCAGGGAUGUGGAGGAGCGGGGCCAGGAGCAGGGCGACGUGUCCCAACCCAUCGCUUUAAAAUGCGAGAACACUCGCAUCAAACUGGUUCUGUACCACUGGUCGCAGUCUUUUUGUUCACAGAAAGUUCGUUUGGUUAUUGCGGAAAAGGGGCUAAAAUGUGAGGAGUAUGAUGUUAAUUUACCACUAAGUGAGCACAAUGAACCAUGGUUUAUGCGUUUGAACCCAGCGGGAGAGGUACCUGUGUUAAUACAUGGAGAGAACAUCAUCUGUGAAUCCGCUCUGAUCAUUGAUUACCUCGAGAGCAAAUUUGAAGAUGCAAACAUCCCUAAAUUGAUGCCAGAAGAAGGAAGUUUGUUCUUCCCAAGAGUACAACAUUAUAGAGAAUUGUUAGAUUCUCUUCCUGUGGAUGCCUACACACAUGGCUGUAUUCUUCACCCAGAAUUAACUCUGGAUUCCAUGCUUCCUGCAUAUGCAACCACGAGAAUUCGCAGCCAAAUUGCAAACACAGAAUCUGAAUUAAAGAAACUUGCUCAGGAACACCCAGAAUUAAGUGAAGCAUAUUUGACAAAGCAAAAACAAAUAAAGUCUAAGAUACGAGAUCAUGAUAAUGUAAACUAUCUGAAAAAAAUAUUCUGUGAGCUGGAAAAUGUUCUAGACCAGGUGGAGACUGAGUUGCAGAGAAGGAUUGAAGAAACUCCGGAAGAAGGACAUCAGCCAUGGCUCUGUGGUGAAUCUUUUACACUUGCAGAUGUCUCACUCAGUGUAACAUUGCAUCGCCUCAAGUUCCUUGGACUUGCCCGAAAAUACUGGGGAAGUGGAAAUCGCCCAAAUUUAGAAUCUUAUUAUGAACGUGUGUUGCAACGAAGGACUUUUCGAAAGGUCUUGGGGAAUGUGAACAACAUUUUGCUUUCAGCAGUGCUGCCUACUGCUUUCCGAGUUGCUAAGAAACGUGCUCCCUCCUUUUUGGGAGCUAGUUUUGUAGUAAGUCUGCUGGGGGGAUUAGGUUAUUUAGCAUUCGUGUUCCUAAAAAAGAGGCUAUCAUAGGUUUUCUCAGCAUGAAAUUACUACGUAUUCAGCAAAACUUUCGCUGAGCUGUAAUGCUGCAAUCACUGCACUUAGCAGACUAAGAUAGACUAAUCAAGGAACAUUGAAGUUAUGUUUUGUGUAAAGGAGUUGCUGUCAUUUUAUUUAAUUAUUUUUAAAGAGUAUGUUUGUGAAAUGUGGAAUCUGUGCACAAUGCAACUCAAUUGUAAACUUUUAAGAACUCGUAACAUUUUUUGCUCCAGGUAAUUGUGGGAAUAGAUUAUUCUGUUGUAAUGUUUAUGGAUUUUACACAUUAACGGAUAAACUUCAGACUGCAGGCAAAUCAAAAGUUUGUAGCUACUUGAAUGUAUUUGUUACUUGCACACCAUGAGGGGAAGAUCCUGCCUCACCAACCUAUUGGAAUUUUUUGAGGUAAUCUCAAAUAAAAUUGACAAGGGAGAGGCUGUGGAUGUUGUGUAUUUGGAUUUUCAGAAGGCCUUCGAUAAGGUGCCGCAUAAGAGGCUGUUUAAUAAGAUGAGAGCCCAUGGAAUUACAGGAAAGAUAUUGCAAUGGGUGGAGCACUGGCUGAUAGGCAGAAAGCAAAGGGUGGGAAUAAAGGGAUCCUAUUCUGAUUGGUUGCCGGUUACUAGUGGUGUUCCGCAGGGGUCUGUGUUGGGGCCGCUUCCUUUUAUAAUCUAUAUCGAUGAUUUAGAUUAUGGAUUAAAUGGUUUUGUGGCUAAGUUUGUGGAUGACACCAAGAUAGGUGGAGGAGCAGGAAGUGUUGAAGAAACGGAAAGGUUGCAGAGAGACUUGGUCAGUUUAGGAGAGUGGGCAAAGAAAUGGCAGAUGAGAUACAAUGUUGAGAAAUGUAUGGUUGUGCAUUUUGGAAGAAGAAAUAAUUGGGCAGAUCAUAAUUUAGAUGAGAAAAUUCAAAAAUUGGAAGUGUAAAGGGACUUGGGGGGUCCUCAUGCAGGAUACCCUUAAGGUUAACCACCAGGUUGGAUCGGCAGUAAGGAAAGCGAAUGCUAUGUUGGCAUUCAUUUCAAGAGGAAUAGUAUAUAAGAAUAAUGGCCUACUUCUGCUCCUUUGUCUUGUGAUCAUUUAAUGUCCAGCCAGUGUGUUGACCAGACUCUGUACGUUCAACGUCUAUUCUGCACAAUCAAGUUAGAGUUCAUGAGCAAUGUAUUGAUCUUUGUAGGAUAUGUUCUACCUUGUUCUGAAGUAUCACCUUGGGCUUUCCUGCCUUAACUAAAGAUUUUUUUGUUAAAAGAGGUGUCUUAAUUUGUUUUGUAUGCUCGGUAAGUUUGUACAUUUACUUUCUUGCAAUGUACUUUCCAGCUUUCAAUAUUUAUUACUUGGGCAUGCAUAAGAGAAAAUCAAGAGUUGAAGAAAUUUAACACACUUGUAGUAAAAUUCUGUUUUUUAAACAAAAAAGCAUUUGCCUAUCUUUGUUAUAGCUUUAAGACAGUUCAGAUGUGCACGAGGAUGCAGUAUUGUUCCUAUAAUGAAUUCUCCUCUCAAACUCUGUCAUCUUCCCUUUUAUACAUAAUACUUAAAAGGGCUAGAGCUGAUCAUUCAUUUCAGAUUUCUCCUUUCCCCUGUCUGCUACAUCAGUUAAUGCUUUUCUACCAGAACAAGUCCAAAAAAAUUAAGAACCUCAAUAGGACAUUCUGUCCUUCAUAUCUGCUUUGCCCUUAAGCAUUGAUCUUUUACCUCAGUGCUACUUGUUCUGAUCCCAUAUCCCUUAAUAUGGUAAUAUCUACCUUGAAUAAACCCCAGAAGAGCGUGGAACAAGACUCCACCCUCCUUUGGGCUAGGGUGAGGAGGAAUUCCAAAGAUUCAAUAUCUUCUGGGUGAAGACAUUUUUCAUAUCCUGUAUGGCUCUCUUUGAUUGUAUCCUGGUUCCAGAGAACACGUGUGGAAACACCACUUCUGUAAGCUAUCUUGUGAAUUCCUGCUAGCAAUUUAUAUACUUCAAUUUGAUCACUUUUUGCAUAGAAAAGGUCCAUUUUGGUUAAUCUCUCCCUGGUACAACAAAAGCCAUGACCAAGGAAUCAACUGAUACUCCUUGAUCACCAGUAGAGUAGAACACACUAAUCUGGGAUCUCAAUGGUUUAGCAUCUGGCUCAUCAGGUAAUAUUUACCGAGCUGCCUUUGCAUCUGUGGGGGUGGGGGGCACUGAAAAAUUAUUAUAAUAAAAAAGAAAGGUGCAAAGGCCUUAGCAGGAAACUCAAUUUCUUUAAAAUGGGGAGAGAACCAUAGUUUUUAUUCCCUGGAAGUUAUAAUGUUAAAAAAUAAGUUUCACCAUCAUUUUCAAGAAUUUGAGGAGAAUUGCUAGGGAAAGAAAGUGUAUCUAUUUCUGGCACUUGUGUUUGGGGAAGGUGCAUUGUUGGUGCUGUUGUUUUAAGAAGAACCAAAUCUUUUGUUAGUGUAAUUAGGAAAAAAACUGCAUGUAAAGAGUGGUAAAAGUUAGGAAUUUCAUUUGUCUAUAACAGUUGAUGCUAUGUUAAUUGUUAGGUUUAGCAGAGAGUGAUAGAUUAACCAUAAACUUUAAGGGGUAAGUAGAUCAUCAUUCUGUAAUAACCUUUGAUUGUUGGACAGAGUUAUUGGACUAAAUGACCUGCUUUUUGUAUUGGUGAAUACAAAUUGGGUUAAUGUAAUCUCUGAGUAACUUAGCUCUUGGUGAAUAUAUGUUGCAUUUCUUCCAAUGUCAAUAUUUCCUUUCCAGUUUGUGUUGCCAGAACAUGGAAUAAUGUUAUCCCAGAAGAUGGAAGCUCUCUAUGAUGGCUUGGCUGAUUGAAAAGUUCACUUCAUUGUAUUUCUGCACACUGUUGGAAGCAGAGCAGCAAAAUGCAUGCCCAGCAAGCUGUUUAUUAAUUGCUAUCCUGUCGUUUCAUCAGAGAGAAAGGAGGAGCAAUGGAAAGGAGAGGCUGACAAUACCAGUUAUCAAUCUAUAAAGGCAUCGACUGUCAGUUGAAAUUAUUAGUGUGGCCGGUAGGUGGUGAUCCUGAAAUUAGUUUUCAUCAAAAAAUGUUGUUUUGCAAAUCACAAUCUUAAACUGCGAGUGGUACUGUUAACAUGUUGAUGGAACGGUUCAGGAAAAAACUCUUGUAUCAGCCUAGUCAUAUCCUCACCAAGGAGUGGAUUUGAAAAUAAAGCAGAACAUUGCAACUCAUAGCUUGUAGAAGUGACCUGAUUCAGGCGAGAACUCACUUCAUAUAAAAUUGUUUUAUUGUGAAGCACAUUAACACAUAGUUCCUUGAGUCUGUAAAUAGCUUCAUGUUGUCUGAAGUUUCAUACAUUUGUGCAGUCAUCACUGACUGGUUCAUAGAACUGUGGUGUAAAGUAUAUGGCUGUUUGCAAAAUAGAUCUAUUAACCAAGGUCCUAUCACGUCUCUCAAGAGCACCAAACCUAUCAUCAAGGAAAUCAGGUUCUUCAUGCUGAGCUCAUCUCAGUGGAAACUUAAUUCUCGAUGACUGUUUGUACUUAAUCUUUACCCCGAAAUACUCUAACUUUCUAUAAUUAUUCUCAGUUCAUGGACUGAAGUUAUUUUUUAACCCACAUCAUUGUAUAGAGGCCAGUGUUGGAGUUUGUUCUAGAGCACAGGUCUGUAGCGUUACUGACUGUAGCUUAGAACCAUUGCUGUAAACCAGUGUUCCCUGACUAGAUUAAAGAUGAAAUCUAUAUUGUCUGGGAUCUUGGGAGGUGGAUGUAAACGCCUCUGAGUGAAUUAUUGUAAGUGACACAGCUUUCA